AUGGCUCGCGGCAGAGGCCGCUCUGGAAAAGGAUCCACGGCCAGGGAGCCGCCGGAGGAUGCCGCGCCGUCAGCUGGGCGCGGCAUCCGACGAGACCGUCCGCCGCCGCGGGAGGAGCUCGCGGUCCGGGCCGGCGGGGAGGCGCCGCCCGGGCCCGGCGGGCCCCGCCGAGAUGAGCCACGUCCGGUAGCGCAGAGGCGUGGGGUGGACCGAGAGAUCUACCGGCUUCAGCAGUCGCACAACUAUCUCUCGAUCCCCAAAGCAGCCUUUGCUCGGGUCGUCAAAGACAUCCAGCACGUACCCCAGAGAGAGCCCUUGCGCUUCAGCACGGAAGCUCUGGAACUCCUGCAAGCGGCCACCGAGGAGAUCGCGGAGUACUUAAUGUACCUCUUUGCCGAUGGGUAUCUGGCAACGGCCCACCGGCGGCGCGUGACCCUGAGCUCCGAGGAUGUGCGCCUGGUCCGGCGCUUGCGACAGCCCCACUGCUGGGGAGAGACGCGAUAA